AGCCUAAUUAAUUUAUUCACCGACAUCCAUCACUUGUUCUAAUUCAUUUGAAAGAUCCAAAUGCGAUUCACCGACUCUGUGUCUCUACAUGGUCAUGCUUCGGAGGCAAUUGAGAAAGCUUGACUGCCUCUCCCGAAGCUUUUCCACGACAUCGAGCACACUAAAAGCGAAGCGAAAGUCGCGCGACAAGAAGGUACAUUUCAACGAGCAAGCGUAUCGCCAACCCGCGCUCAAAGUCGAUACGCGACAUGCACAGGACCUGCUUGUCAAAGACAAACGUCGUAAAAAGUUGGGUGGUAUACAGAACCAUGACGACUCGGAUCCACGGCUGAGUCUGUUGUUUUUGGUCUACUGCGUGCAGCAAAUCCAGGCUACUUCUGAGCAGAAAUCAGACAGCAGAGGCGCGUCUUUUGUCGCUGAGGACGACGACGAUGCUGCAGAAAAAGAUGGUGAAAGAGAAUGGGAACAGUCGGAAGAUAGAGAUAUUGGAUCUGCAAAGUCAAAAUCAAGGUCUUCAUCAGGAAAGCCCAAGGCCGGCUCUACCAGUGGACGAGGCAGAAAGCUGAGGGGCAGGCAGCUGCGGAAUCCGUUAAGGGACUCGUCCCAGCGAUCGAAGGUUAAGAAUGACAUAUCUGAAUUGAAUCUGAGAAAGUGCAUACAUCUCUAUACGCAUCAUUUUCGUCCGCUUGUAGAGGCCGAGGAACAGGUCGAGAAGAAGGAGAUCCGAAAUCGUCUGGAAAAUUGGCCAUUAGAAGAGCUCGUCAGUAAGGGCUACACACUCGUGAGUUUCCCCGUCCUGUUGCUACAUGGUAGUUUUACGAGCAGCUAUACUCAUAUUAUGAAAACCUACAGACUGAUCUACUUCCUCGUCACAGAGGGUGGCAGUUGAGCAUGGGUCGUCAGGUAUAUGACAUGAUUCCUCAACAAUAUUGCAAUUUCGUCCGUUUCAAGAAUGGGGCCCAG